AUGGAAGCCGCUGCGACUGAGAAAGUGAGAGACCUGAAAGGAGUCCUGCGGCCAGACUUCUGCUGGGGAUACGCGACUGCAGCCACGCAGGUCGAGGGCGCCUGGGACGUGGAUGGCAAAGGCGAGUCAAUCUGGGACCGAUUCGCACACACGCCGGGCAAGGUCCACGACGCGAGCACUCCCGACGAUGCGGUGCUCUCCUACUACCAGACAAAAGAAGACGUGGCGCUGCUGAAAUCUUACGGUGUCACCGGAUACCGCUUCUCCCUGGCGUGGACGCGCAUCGUCCCACUUGGAGGGAAGGACGACGCGGUGAACGAGGAGGGCAUUGCGUACUACAGCGGUCUGAUCGACGAGCUGCUCGCUAACGGCAUCACGCCCUUCGUCACGCUGUUCCAUUGGGACAUGCCCCAGGCCCUUGAGGAUCGCUACGGUGGCAUGCUGAACCAGGAGAUGUACACGGCGGACUUCGUGCGCUAUGCAGACGUGUGCUUUGCGCGGUUCGGGGAUCGGGGGGAUGCCUCAACGGAGCCCUUCGUCGUCGGCCAUACGCAGCUCAUCUCACACGCCUACGCUGUGCAGCGGUACCGCGAGAAGUUCCAGCCGACGCAGCAGGGCCAGAUCGGCAUCACCCUCCACGGCAACUUCUCCCGACCCUGGGACGCCCAAGAUGCACGGGAUGUCGCGGCCGCGCAGCGCGCCCUGGAGUUCGAGAUCGCCUGGUUCGCCGACCCGGUGCACCUGACGGGCGACUAUCCGGCUUCGAUGCGGGCGCAGCUGGGUGAGCGGCUUCCCGCUUUCGCCCCCGCGGAGACAAGACUGGUCCGCGGCAGCUCGGACUUCUACGGCUUGAAUAGCUACACCACCUUCUUCGUGCGGCAUCUCCCCACCCCGCCACCCGUGGACGACCACUCUGGGAACGUGGAGAAGCUGGAUGCGGACGCGGCGGGCGUAUCGCGGGGGCCGGCGAGCGAUACGUACUGGCUUCGAACUGCCCCCGGCGGGUUCAGGCUGUUGCUGAGUUGGGUGUGGAAGAGGUAUGGAGUACCGAUCUAUAUCACCGAGAAUGGGACGACGGCAACGGGCGAGACGGAGCCGAGCGAGAGCGUGCUCGACGACCGGUUCCGAAUCGAGUUUUUUCAGGGUUAUAUCGAGUCGGUUGGGAGGGCCGUCAAGGAGGAUGGGGUCGACGUGCGGAGUUACUUUGCCUGGACAUUUACCGAUAAUUGGGAAUGGGCUGCAGGCUACUCUGAUCGAUUCGGCGUGACUUUUGUUGACUUUGAGUCGCAAGAUAAGAAGAGGUAUCCAAAGAAAUCAGCAACAGUGAUCAAGGAGCUGUUCCAGCUCAUGGUGAAAUCUGAGUGA